GUGCCCGCGUGCGGCUGAGCCGCGUGUGCGCCGGCCGGGGUGCGGGAGAGGCAGGAGCGCGCCACGCGCGGCCGCCGGGCCGAGCCCGAGGAGCGCGGCGCCGCCCGGCCAUGGCCCCCGCCCGGGCCAGCCUGUCCCCCGCUCUCUGGGUCGUCACGGCUGCGGCGGCGGCCACCUGCGUGUCCGCGGGGCGCGGCGAAGUGAACUUGUUGGACACAUCAACCAUCCACGGAGACUGGGGCUGGCUCACGUAUCCCGCUCACGGGUGGGACUCCAUCAACGAGGUGGACGAGUCCUUCCGGCCCAUCCACACGUACCAAGUGUGCAACGUCAUGAGUCCCAACCAGAACAACUGGCUGCGCACAAGCUGGGUGCCCCGUGACGGCGCCAGGCGUGUCUACGCCGAGAUCAAAUUCACCCUACGUGACUGCAAUAGCAUCCCCGGGGUGCUGGGCACCUGCAAGGAGACCUUCAACCUUCACUACCUGGAGUCUGACCGGGACCUCGGAGCCAGCACACAAGAGAGCCAGUUCCUCAAGAUUGACACCAUUGCAGCAGAUGAGAGCUUCACAGGCGCAGACCUGGGUGUGCGGAGGCUCAAGCUGAACACGGAGGUGCGUGGCGUGGGCCCGCUCAGCAAGCGCGGCUUCUACCUGGCCUUCCAGGACAUCGGUGCCUGCCUCGCCAUCCUCUCACUCCGAAUCUACUACAAGAAGUGCCCCGCCAUGGUCCGAAACCUGGCGGCCUUCUCGGAGGCGGUAACUGGGGCCGACUCAUCCUCACUGGUAGAGGUUCGAGGCCAGUGUGUGCGGCACUCAGAGGAGCGUGACACACCCAAGAUGUACUGCAGUGCCGAGGGUGAAUGGCUGGUGCCCAUCGGCAAAUGCGUGUGCAGUGCUGGUUAUGAGGAGCGGCGGGAUGCCUGUAUGGCCUGUGAACUGGGAUUCUACAAGUCAGCCCCGGGGGACCAGCUGUGUGCCCGAUGCCCACCCCACAGCCAUUCUGCUACCCCUGCGGCCCAGACCUGCCGUUGUGACCUCAGCUACUACCGUGCAGCUUUGGACCCACCAUCGGCAGCCUGCACCCGGCCACCCUCAGCACCAGUGAACCUGAUCUCCAGCGUGAAUGGGACAUCUGUGACCCUGGAGUGGGCUCCUCCUCUGGACCCAGGUGGCCGCAGUGACAUCACCUACAAUGCAGUGUGCCGCCGCUGCCCCUGGGCCCUGAGCCACUGUGAGGCUUGUGGGAGCGGAACUCGCUUUAUCCCACAGCAGACGAGCCUGGUACAGGCCAGCCUGCUGGUGGCCAACCUGCUCGCCCACAUGAACUACUCCUUCUGGAUCGAGGCCGUCAAUGGCGUCUCCAACCUGAGCCCCGAGCCCCGCAGCGCCGCUGUGGUCAACAUCACCACGAACCAGGCAGCCCCGUCCCAGGUGGUGGUGAUCCGGCAGGAGCGGGCUGGGCAGACCAGCGUGUCACUCCUGUGGCAGGAGCCGGAGCAGCCCAACGGCAUCAUACUGGAAUACGAGAUCAAGUACUACGAGAAGGGUAAGGAGAUGCAAAGCUACUCUACCCUCAAGGCUGUCACCACCCGCGCCACCGUGUCAGGCCUCAAACCAGGCACUCGCUACGUGUUCCAGGUCCGAGCCCGCACUUCAGCAGGCUGUGGCCGCUUCAGCCAGGCCAUGGAGGUGGAGACCGGGAAACCCAGACCCCGCUAUGACACUCGGACCAUCGUCUGGAUCUGCCUGACACUCAUCACAGGCCUGGUGGUGCUCCUCCUGCUUCUCAUCUGCAAGAAGAGGCACUGCGGCUACAGCAAGGCUUUUCAGGACUCGGAUGAAGAGAAGAUGCAUUACCAGAAUGGACAGGCACCCCCACCUGUCUUCUUGCCUUUGAACCACCCCCCGGGGAAGUUUCCAGAAACCCAGUUCUCUGCAGAGCCCCACACCUAUGAGGACCCAGGACGGGCAGGCCGAAGCUUUACCCGAGAGAUCGAGGCAUCCAGGAUCCACAUUGAGAAGAUCAUUGGCUCGGGGGAGUCAGGAGAAGUGUGCUAUGGGAGGCUGCAGGUGCCAGGACAGCGGGACGUGCCUGUGGCCAUCAAGGCUCUCAAAGCUGGCUACACGGAGAGACAGCGACAAGACUUCUUGAGUGAGGCAGCCAUCAUGGGCCAGUUUGAUCACCCUAACAUCAUCCGCCUUGAGGGUGUGGUCACCCGUGGCCGCCUGGCAAUGAUUGUGACUGAGUACAUGGAAAAUGGCUCACUGGACGCCUUCCUCAGGACCCACGAUGGGCAGUUCACCAUCGUGCAGCUAGUGAGCAUGCUCAGAGGGGUGGGCGCUGGCAUGCGCUACCUCUCAGACCUGGGCUACAUUCACCGUGACCUGGCCGCCCGCAAUGUCCUGGUAGAUGGCCGUCUGGUGUGCAAGGUGUCAGACUUUGGGCUCUCAAGGGCUCUGGAGGACGACCCUGAAGCUGCCUACACCACUGCGGGAGGAAAGAUCCCCAUUCGAUGGACAGCACCAGAGGCCAUUGCCUUCCGCACUUUCUCCUCAGCCAGUGAUGUGUGGAGCUUUGGUGUGGUCAUGUGGGAGGUGCUGGCCUAUGGUGAACGGCCCUACUGGAACAUGACCAACCAGGAUGUCAUCAGCUCUGUGGAGGAGGGCUAUAGGCUUCCAGCGCCCAUGGGUUGCCCACGUGCUCUACACCAACUUAUGCUGGACUGCUGGCACAAAGACCGUACCCAGCGGCCUCGCUUCUCUCAUGUCGUGAGCGUUCUGGAUGCCCUGGUCCACAGCCCAGAGAGCCUCAGGGCCACAGCCACAGUCAGCAGGUGCCCACCCCCUGCCUUCGCCAGGAGCUGCUUUGACCUCCGAGCAGGCGGAAGUGGGAAUGGGGACCUCACUGUGGGGGAUUGGCUGGACUCCAUCCGCAUGGGCCGGUACCGGGACCACUUUGCAGCUGGCGGGUACUCCUCCCUUGGCAUGGUGCUUCGCAUGAACGCCCAGGAUGUGCGUGCCCUUGGCAUCACCCUCAUGGGCCACCAGAAGAAGAUCCUUGGAAGCAUCCAGACCAUGAGGGCCCAGCUGAGCAGCACUCAGGGGCCCCGCCGGCACCUCUGACCCACGACCACUUGGCACUGGUCAUACCAAACUGUCAGGGGCUCCACAGGCCCCCCCCAGCAGUCAGGGUAGCCCAAGAGUUCUGCCACAGGACCUAGAGUGACAGGGGUCAGGCACCUGGGACAAGGACCUUGGUGCUCCAGGUAGAGAGGAUACCUGGCCUCUGGAGGCAGGCGCAGGAUCUUGUGUCUUCUAGAGCCUGGGGCCUCCAACACCAGAAGCAAACGGUGACAUCACUCACCUAGCUGGGUGCAUGCGUGCAUGCAUAGGGUUGAUGGUAUGGAUGUGCUCCACAAGGUCCUGGCAGCUGAUAGAAACAAUGUGUAAUGUCUCUGUUCCCCGUCAGGCCCCAGCACAGAUGUGUGCAGGUUACCAUGCGUGUGCUUAUCUACUAGGGCAGGAGCCACACGUGUGUGACCGCAGAUAACACUGUCACGAAUGAGGAGGCGUGACAGAGUCCAAGCAGGGGAUCUGAGCUGACACUGCCCAGUUCCCAGGACCUGUGGGGAUCAGACAGUGCCUGGAGGCUGGAGCCCAGGCUGCUUCCGAAUCACACCAGCACCAGGCCUACCGUCCAGCCUGGGUGAACCCACCAUGGCUAUAUCUCAGGUCCGGGACUCCUCCAUACUUUGAGGGGGGCCAUCUGCAGCAUCUGCCUGGCUCCCCCUGCUACUCAACAGGAAAACAGGGUUCCUGGCCAGUCCCUCUGGCCACCUUCUGUAGAGGAUCACAGCAGAGCGUGAGAUGCCCUUGGUGGAGCGUGACUGCCUGGCCAUCCGCACUCAUGGCUGAGAUGCCUCUGCCCAGUGUCUCACUGCCCAUCCCUGCCACCCGUGUCCGUGCUGGGAACAGGAACAUGGAGCAGACUCUUAAGCCCCAACCCUACCCCUUCCUAUACCAGAUAGGUAUGCCCAGAGAAGAGGAUGCCUUGCCUGAGGUCACAUGACAACCAAAUUUCAGAGUUGGGGCCCUCUUUUCCCCCAGCCAUGGUCUGUUCUUCCCAAGCCCUGCCCCCAGACAGCUAGGAUGGGAGGGGCCUGGGAGGCUCACCACCACAGGCUGACAACCCCCUUACGGCCCACCAGGGUAUGUAAAUAUCUUCUUUUCUACCAUGUCAGAAUAUUUUUUUUCCUCACUCCUGACAAUGCAAAAAUGGUCUUCAAAGCACAUACAAAGCACCCUGGGUGAGAAAGCCCCAUCCUUAGGGAGGCAAGGCCCAAGGAGCCCCAGCCCAGAGGACAGGGCGGCCCCCUCCCCUGCCCAUCCCUGCCCACAGCCAGCACAGCACCCCGCGAGACACCAGCACUGAGCCCCCUCCCUUCUGCAAUAAUUCGGGGGCCUCAGCCCCACCCAGGUGCCGCGGCCAGCUCCUGCACUUCUAUAUAUUAUAGUACUAUGUAGCCGGGCUACCCUUCCUUCCUAUGGAAGUGGGAAACAUGGUCAGGACAAGAGGGUGGGGACACCUAGUCUACCACCCCACCCCACUCACCCAGUGUCUGGGCUUAGGCUCCUCAGGCAAGGCCCCUGGGGUUGGGUCCCCCUUGGGGCUCCUGGGGCCACACUGUGGUCCCCAUCCUGAGUCUGGAAUUACUUGUGAUGAGAAUAAAUUACUGUCUCAUCUUUGCCUGUG